AGCGAUGUAAACAAAGAUUGAGACUCGUUGGUCCUAUGGACGAAAAUGCCUCUAAUAUAUUGUCACACAAAGCGUUUUGUCGACUAACAGCACUUACACUGGUGGGGUCUCUACUGUGUUGAUGUAAUCAAAUCGACUAGAUUUCCACCUGUGCGUCAGUGGCCAUGGACCUAACAAACACGACAGAUAUUCUCUGCCGAAGGUUACAAUGGUCACGGACAUGGGCUAGCAGCUCAUUCCUGUCAAGCUGGCUAUGGCAGGAGAAGAUCCAUGGCUUCUCCCCCGAACCUACAGAAUCUUCAGAUUGAUUCUCCAACAGAUGCUGCCUCCGACAACACACGCUCAUCUUCCGCCCGGGUGACCUUCACCCCGAACACACAAUCCAUGGCGCUGUCACCUACCUCCAUUUCGCUGGCGCUGAAAAGUCCAGAAGGCAUUGACUGUUAUGGCAAUGAGAGACAGGCUCUAGCAGAACAGAGCAAAUUUUUCAAUAACUCCUUGUUAAGUGAUGUGAAUUUGGUUGUUGCGGGACAGAGAUACUAUGCUCACAAGAUAGUCCUAGUCAGAGCCAGUGAUGUCUUCGAGAGGAUGUUCAGUUCUGAGUGGUCGAAUUCUGUAAAGAAGGAUGUGGAGUUGGUUGAGGACAGUAUAUGUAACACUGUGGUCCCUAGGUUUCUGAAGUUUCUCUAUGGUUGCCAUAUCAAGCUCAACAUCGACAACACUCUCCCAGUGCUUAUUCUUGCUGACAAAUACAAUGUGGAAGACCUUAGAAAUGUGUGCAUCACAUUCGCAGUGUCGUACAUCAUCCCGAAGCUCCAGCUGAAGGAUGUGUUCCAUGUGUGGUUCCAGUACUCCACCAAGUGCUAUCACCAGCGUCUUGUCACUGCAUGCGUGGGGGCACUAGCUGAGAAAAUGGACGAGAUUAUUGGCUCCGAGGAGUGGGAAGCAGAGUGGCUCAACCUUGAGAAGGACCAGCUCAUUGAGUUUCUCCGAAGCUCUGACCUCAGUGCCAAGGAUGAGUUUGAGCUGUGGGAGGCAACAGUAAAAUGGAUACAGUCCCAAGCUCACCCUCAACGCAUGGCCCAGAUGAGCAAUCUGGCCGAAGUGAUGGAGUACAUCCGCUUCCCAAUGAUGACUUCAGAACAGCUUUGUGAAGUAGAGUCCAGUAGUCUGUACCAGCAACAUCCAGAGCUGUUCCAGAAAGCCUUCAUGCUGGCUUACAAGUUCCAUGCCCUGCCACUCACAAAACGAGCCAAUGUCAAGGAAUUUAUGUCUUCCAGCUUCCUGCUACGAAACUACACAGAUCUCCGAUGGGACAAACGUCUUCAGGUCUCCCAUUACUCCGCCUGUCCCAAAGGUGCGGAAGUGGGUUUCAGAUUCUCAACCCGUGCUUCUUCCUUCCCAGCUCAGACGUGGGAAUGGGAGCUGAAGGUCCACCGGAAAGGUUACUCAGCCCAGUGUGAUGACUUCCGAGUUGUACUGUACUCCAAUCUGAUUCUGGACCAGCCCCGGCCGAUCGAGUACUACUUGUCCAUAGUGGACCGGGAUCAGAUCCUCCACACUGUGUCCGGGAAGAAGAACUUCUCCAAGGCUCGCUACACCACGGACACCGAGAUGGACAAGAAGGUGACAGUUGCUGACUUGUGUCAGCCUGACUCGCCACUGCUUGUUGACGAUCAUCUUAUCCUGCAGAUUGCUCUGAAGCCUGUAGAAUAGCCGAUUGUGUAUGUUAAUCUCUUUGCAUUCAGAUGUGAUUUCCAUGAAGGUUGUUGAGUAACAGUUGAUUUUUUUCAUUAGGAUAUGUACCAUCUGUCUUAAGAUUUCAGUGUUGAUAUUGUCACAUGGUAUAAUUAAGGGUGAAUUGUGAAUUACAUACUGUAUAUUACCAUAGAUAAGCCGACCCCAUAGAAAAGCCGACCCCUGACUUGACCCUUUUAAAUCAGUGUCAAAAUGAUGUUUAAUUGCAAAUUUGAUGUCUUUACUGACAAAGUCGUCUUCUCUUGUUUGUUUGUUCAUGCGAAGUGAUACGAUGUCAUUUUCUUACCCCCUGAAAUAAAAGUUUGACGAAAGUGUAACCCAUAGAUAAGCCAACCCCUUUUACAGACUGCUAUUUUUGGUCCUCAAAAUUCGGCUUAUCUACGGUAAUAUACGGUAAUUCAUGUCGGUCCAUUGUCUCAGUGAGCUUUACUCCUUAUAACUACAGCUGCAUGUGUAGGGUCAGAUGAUUCAGUCCAGAUGAGUUGAGCGACCCUUGGUUCACAUUUUUGCAUGCGUUACAUUAUUGACUGACUUUCCAUGUCACCUUUGAGGAGGACGUUGACCUGUACAUCUUGACAAUGCCCUGUCCAUGUGUACAGCUGACUGGCCUGAAAGCUGUAACAUUGGUGUCCUGUGACCACAAGGAUGUUUUUGUGUUUUGUGGAAUGCUCAACAUGUUAUGUAUCACAUUGAUGUCACAGCAUAUUUUCAGUUAAUCUAGUAAUGAUUUCAACUGAUGCUGCUGAGAAGGUUGUGGCAAAUACCGGUAAACUGUCACUUAAAGUCACUUUGUGUAAACUGUAAGUUGUCUGCCAACAGUUUCUGUAGCUGUGCUGACAGUCACACUUUCUUGGAGGCAUGUGUUGCCAUACGACUGUUGUGAAAAGGAAUAGUUGCACACUGACAUUUGAGGGAAACAUGUAUUUUUAAUGAUUUUUCCUUUCAAGAAAAAACACACAAGCAUUUAAGAUAUAAAAGUUUGCAUUUGAUUCCUAAGGUCUAAAGUGCAAUGCACAGCACUAUAUGUUCGAAACUAUAAUGAAUUUAUCAGUAUCUGUGUCAUGUAUACAAGAAAAUGUUAUGGAUUCCAAAUUGAUAAUCAUUCUUGAUGAACACAAAUGUUUUGUGUUUUCAAAAGUGUAAUUGAUCAGAGUUCAAUUUCAGCAUUUCAGUUGCUAGUAUGCCAAUUAGUGGUCAUUAUUUGUCUACUGGAAACGUUGUAGUGAUUAGGAUUGCUUCUGUGUGACAGAUGGAAUGUUAUUAAUUCCUCUGUAGUGACUGCUCUUGUACCACCGACAGCUAUCCUGCUGGAUGUCGCUGAAUCACGAUUGAAUGCAAUAUUGAGAAAAUCAAUGGAUUUUCCAUGCCCACCUUUUUCUGCGAAUAUUUUUUUUGUUAUGACAUGUACAGCUGCAAUUAAGAUUGAAAUUAAUUACAGCUAACAGGGAUUUACCUGGGUCUGUGUUAUUUCGAAUCAGUAAACUAUCUAUACAGUCAACUCCAAGACACCACUAAUGUAGUUGAUUUUAUCGUUAGUCCAUUAUAGGCAUAUCAAGUGAGAUAUACAGCAAGUGGUGAGGACAAAAGAACAGUUAGUGAUGAGCAUGUUACUGUAUAUGAUGUUUGGUGACGUGAGCCUGAUGCCGCCAGGCUGGAGAUGUUAAGUGACGCUUGAUUUCCCAGAACCUUUAGGAUUUCAGAACAGUGCACAUGCUCAGGAGGCUUUUCCUUUCUAUGGAUGGGGAUUUCUGGUUAGGCCAUUUAUAAAAAUAUUUUUGUUUCUCAUUACGCCCGAGACAAAAAUUCGACCCAAUCCUAAGAUUUAAAAAAAAAUUUACACUUGAGAAGAUGCAACUUUGACUCUCAAAAUGUUGCAUGAAUUUUUCACAUUUCCAAAAACAACCACCGACACACGAAACUGUGCAUUUCUAACCAAAAUGCAAUCUACAAUUUUGAUUAGUUGUAUUCACAUUUCCUGACCUGCAAUUUAUGUUAUUUUGUCCACUUACAUUUUGGAUAGAAUUGCUAGCAAUGUUCUCUGUCCAGUGAAACCUGGUGCACCUGAUUCUGCUUGUGACACUUUUAUGUAUCUCACAGAAGACAGGUGUAUUGUUUGAGCAUCCCAUUGGUCUUCUAGAUUGCUACUGUCAAUACUUGAUGUCUGGGGAUGACAUGAUAGAGGCAUGUAUUGCUUUCAAUCUCAUGUUCAAUAGAUGUAUAUUUUAUGAAUCCUUCAAGUACCAAGACUGUGUUUGCUCUAUCAGAGAGCUCCUUAAGACAGGGUCUAAUAUAUACUUUAUCACCACUGAAUCCAUCAACAUGUUGUAAUGUUUGUAUGCUUUGCCUGUAAUAUCCCACAGUGGAAUACUGUUCCACAGUCAGUGUGUCUCACAUGGAGUCUCCUUUUUCCUUUUGUUCUUGCAGAUUUGAGGGGUUUUGUAUUUUUUGCAAUAUUUUUCUACUUUUGUCUCAUUGUUCGUAUCACAUUUGUAGAAAAGUGCUUGACUGUCAUGAGCUAUUGCAAGUGCCAGUUAUUUGUUGUGCAGUAAAUAGCAUCUCAUCCAUGUUCAAUUGCCAUUAGAGGAAGGAUAGAAAGAGUGCCAUACAUGUUCUGUUUUUCCAUUUUCCAUCAUCAUCAUGAUCAUAACUGUCCUUUUGACAAUGAAUGAUAAACUUUUGUAUUUUGUGUGGAUUUAUGAUUUAAGAUAAUUACAUCAACAAAUUAUUUAUUUCACCGGUUGUGAUCUAUAUGUUUUAGUGAAUGGACAAUUUCAGAUAUAUGAAACAUACUGAUACUUUUGUUCAAAAUGUUCAUCAUCAAGAUCUUUAUAUUUUGUGUUAAAUUGCAAUAAAACUUACUCUUUAACAUUU